GUGGGGGAUGAUGUUGCCGCGGAUGCUGGCUCCACGUCGUAGACGGACGAAUCUCGCGUCAGUGCGGAUCCGAAACGGACACUCGGGGAUCGUUCUAUAUUAUUAUAUUUCUAUAUAUUAUUAUUAUUUCAUAAAAAGCGCCUAAUUGCAAAAGGUCUUACACAUUAAUACUUCUUCGUUUGUUUUUUGUUUAGGGUCCCUUAUUUUGUUGCUUUUUUGUUAUUUCAAGUGUGAUACUCUACGUGUAUGCACAAGUGUGGGAGAAAGGGACUAGAAGAUAUUGAAAUAAGAAGAAGAAGAAGAAGAAGAAGAAAAUAUUUUUUUUGUGAUAAGAGAGAAAAAAUAAAUCAUCAUCAUCAUCAUUAUCAUCAUCAUCAUCAUCAUCAUCAUCAUCAUCGAUAAAAUAAAGAAUAGAUCGAGAGUUUUGAAUUGUCAAGCUGAAUUAUCAGGUCGAUGCCGCGUAUCUCGUGCUUGGAUAGCGCGGGACCUCGUCUCGUUUCGAGGACGAAAAAAAUCUUGAUAACAGUAGUAAUAUUAGUAAUAAUAAUAGUAGUAAUAAUAAUAUUAUCCUCGAACUCGUCUCAUUCGAAUCUUGCACCAUGACGAGUUCAUCUCUCGAUGGAUCCACCAACGUGCUCCACCGUGUUCGACCAAUUCUUACGAUCUUCCUGCUGCCCCUGGCAGCUUUGGAUAUCUCGUCCUUGAACGAAUAAUGACAAUGAUAACUCUUCACGUCUACUUAUCAUGCGCUAUAAAAUAUUACGAGACAAUGCUACAGUAGAGAGAGAGAGAAUAUCAAAUCACAUAUCAUGGAGGCAGUAGUUAUUUUCAUAGGAGUCCUUACUGUAUUGGUUUUAUGCGUGAACGAACCUGUCAAAGGUAUUCCCGGACAGUGUAUGUUACCUCUUGGCAUGGAAGAGGGAAGGAUCCCCGACGACGCUAUUACCGCGUCUUCGAGUUACGAGAUGAAAUCUGUGGGGCCGCAAAACGCAAGAUUACGGCACGAAAAAAAUGGCGGAGCUUGGUGUCCAAAAGCACAAAUCAGCAGUGCCAUACGAGAAUAUUUGGAAAUCGAUCUAACGAAGGAUCAUCUUAUUACGUGGACUGAAACUCAAGGACGUUUUGGUAAUGGUCAAGGCCAAGAAUAUGCCGAAGCAUUUUUUCUUGAAUAUUGGCGGGAUUCUAAAUGGCAUCAAUAUAAAAAUCUUAAAAGAGAUAAAGUAUUACGAGGUAAUAGCAAUACGUAUUUGGUAGAAAAGCAAAAAUUAGAUUUGCCGUUCGUAGCUAGCAGAGUACGAUUUGUACCGUACAGCCAACAUCCUCGUACCGUCUGUAUGCGUGUAGAAAUUUAUGGCUGUGUAUGGGAACAACAUAUCGUAAGGUACGUAAUACCAACGGGUGAUUCAUUCGGACCAAACGGAUCAAACAUGGAAGAUUCUUCAUACGAUGGUACAGAGGCUGAUGGUAUUUUAAGAGACGGGCUUGGUCAAUUGAUCGACGGAAUUUUCGCGGACGAAUCCGAAGCGAUGACCUCUUCCAGUGGGACGAAUUGGGUCGGAUGGAAUAAUCGGGAUAGCGUGCAAUUGAUCUUUGAGUUUGACGAUGUCCGUGAAUUCGUCAAUUGUACCAUUCACGUUGCCAAUUUACCGCAACACGAUAUCGAGAUAUUCUCAAUAGUUUCCGCGUGGUUCUCACACGAUGGUAUUGAUUAUAAUCCAACGGAAGAGACAUUGCUAAUAAACCAGGAUGACAUCAAAGUUGGUACUAGUCUUUCAACGAUCCUAUUACCAACGCGAAUUGGUAAAUUUGUUAAAUUAGAAUUUAAAAUGAAAUCCAAAUGGUUGCUUAUUAGCGAGAUCAACUUUGAAACAGUCGUAGGUACAAGGAAUUCAUCUAGCAAAUCGAAUAAUCAAAUACUCGACGACGAUAUUAAUGAUAUAGAAUUGAGCGUGGAUCUUGCUGAAAAAACAAACAACGAUUUCAACGAGACAAUUUACGAGCAAAACGAUUCUAAUUUAACACCGGACGCCUUCCCGGUUAAUAAUUCACAAACUUACAUUGGUCUAGUUAGCGGUGCAUUGACGGUGAUAGCAUUGCUAUUAACUUGUACGAUAUUUUUAAUGAAACAAAGGGGACGCAACAAAGUUGCUCUUUUGCAAAAGCAUACGGCGUUGUUGUGCGGUUCAUCGGCACCAGGCAUCACUAUCAACAUGAAAGACGUUAAAUUAGCAACCCCAAUCGUUGUCAAUGGUUUAUCUCAAUCACGAUUAUCUGUCAAAAGUAAAAGUCUUACAAACGACGACGACAGUAUUCGUGGUACAACAGAGAGACGUAAUUCUGAACGAAUGUACGAACGUUCGAGCGCAUACGAAAGAACUUACAAAGUAUUCUCAGAAGACAAUCACGUAUAUGAUGCGAGACCUCAUCAAAGUGAAUUAUUGUCGUCGAUAGAUUACAAUACCGAAUACUCUGACUUCAACAGCGAUUGUAACUUUUCGAGUUACAAAGUAGGAAAUCGUGUUGCAUCUACGCCCUUUCCGAUAAAGAAAUCAAAGUCUACGCAGUCGGGAAAAAUCAAUCAUAAAGUUUACGAAAGUUAUUAUGCUGCGACCGAUAUAUUGACGAUCAAAAGGCGCGAACAAUCAUCAGUGUUCAGUCUAUUCACGCCUUUACAUAUUAGAGAUAACACUAAUUCUGGGAGUAAUGGAGAUUCUUGUGACAUUCCACGAAUUUCUAGACACAGAUUAAGAAUUCUUGACAAGCUUGGCGAAGGAAGCUUCGGAUUGGUACAUCUUUGCGAAGCUAAGGGUAUACAAAAUCCAGACGUUGGAAGUAUACGAAAUCGACAAAUUGUUAUAGUUCGUUCUCUCUGGCGUGGUGUCGUAGAUUCUCUUAAGAAAGAUUUCACGAAUGACAUGCACUUUUUGGCAACCAUUCGUGACGUUAACAUCGCAAGGAUAAUUGCAUUGGUCGAAGAAGAACCUUUUGGUGCUGUGUUCGAAUACGGCGAGCUGGGUGAUCUUCCAAGUUUUUUGGAAGAUCGUCGCAAAUCUGAAAGCGAUUCACCGCUUAGCUACGAAUGCUCUUUAAAUUUCAUCAUGCAAAUUGCCUCAGGAAUGAAGUACCUUGAGAAUUUGAACAUACCCCAUCGCGACUUGGCAGCCAGGAAUUGCGUAGUUAAUCAAAAUUUAUCAGUAAAAGUGUCCGAUCAUGCGAUAUAUUGCAACAAAUAUGAUCACGUAUAUUACGUUGAUGGGUGUUAUAAAAAAAUACCACUUCGUUGGAUGGCCUGGGAAGCAGUGAUCCUGGGUAAACAAUCUUGCCGUGCCGAUAUUUGGUCUUACGCGAUAACGGUCUGGGAGAUUUUAACAGGAUGCAAGGAAAUACCUUAUUCAGAUUUGACUUCGGAACAAGUAUUAGAGAAUUACGAUCGUUGGUACAAUCAUAAUUCAGGUUACAAUAGUAGUGGUAACAGUGAAAAAAAUCAACCACGAGUAUUGUCCCAACCAUUGUGCUCCUCCGCUGAUUUAUAUCACAUGAUGGUUAAAUGUUGGAGUAAACAGCCCGAAAACAGACCUACCUUCGAGGAGAUCUACCUCUAUUUAAAGAGACUGGCUUUCGAUUAAAAUAUAAUAUAACAACACGAGACUCGCUCCAGAAGCGCGGACCAAAUUAAUUACAAUCAGCCAAGAUGCAUCCUACAUAUUUGCCUCUAUCCUUUCUUCUAUUACGAUGAUCGUUCAAUUAUUCUAUUCCUAUGGCAAAAUUGCGUGUAUGUGUGUUAGUGAAUUUCACUUACUUAUCAUCAUUCACACAACUCCUUUAAACGUAGGAUGCUCUCUGGCCAUUUAACUUAUAAUGCUCAUCUAGGUUUAUCUAAUUCCGAUCCUCUCUAUUAUUAUUAUUAUAAUAUAUAAUACCUAUUUAUAAAAUUAUCAAAGGAUUCGGAUAAAACGCGCAAAAAAAARAAAAAAAAAAAAAAAGAAAAGAAAAA